UUCAUCGUUGCCUCACCAGCAACGACCAUCCGCUAGCUAGUUUAGCGUCAGUCUGGAGGAGAAGCUAAGCUACAGAGACACCGGAACAUCUGUUUACUGCACUCUCUUUGGUUAUGUAUUGCUCUUGAAUUUACUGAGGUUAACAGUCGUCCAAGUGACUAAAUCGAAGGCCCGGUCGAAGAUGCAGUUCAUGCUGUUGUUCAGCCGGCAGGGAAAGCUGCGCUUACAGAAAUGGUACGUGCCCCUGUCUGACAAGGAGAGGAAGAAGAUCUCCAGAGACCUGGUCCAGACCAUACUGGCCAGGAAGCCCAAGAUGUGCAGCUUCUUGGAGUGGAGGGACCUCAAGAUUGUGUACAAGAGAUACGCGAGCCUGUAUUUCUGCUGUGCGGUCGAGGAUCAGGAUAAUGAGCUGAUCACCCUGGAGAUCAUCCAUCGAUACGUGGAGCUGCUGGACAAAUAUUUUGGCAGCGUGUGCGAGUUGGAUAUCAUCUUCAACUUUGAGAAGGCCUACUUCAUCCUGGAUGAGUUCCUGCUGGGCGGAGAGGCCCAGGAGACGUCCAAGAAGAACGUGCUGAAGGCCAUCGAGCAGGCCGACCUGCUGCAGGAGGAGGCCGAGGCACCACGGAGCGUUUUAGAAGAAAUUGGGCUGACAUAAGUCACCGUGCUGUUCCUCCUCCCGGCUGCAGAUCUGGCAACCCCUCCACGUCUCCAUCCCGUCUUCUCCUGUUGUCCCCCCGUGUCAGUGUUGUGUGUGUAUAUAAUCCCCACCUAUGUGCUGUAUUGCUCUGUUCUGUACUAUCCAGUAAUGCCCUUUUUAAUUUGGUGCCAACUGUGGUUUGAAUGUGUCUCCUAUGUACAAUCUCCCUCGCUGUAUUCUGCAGUACUGUUAGCAUAACGUCACUUCUUAAAACUCCACACAGUACAAUGUAGCGACGACAUGAAAACUGCAGCAUCAUAUUAAGAGAUCCAUCACCGCCGAUUGCAGGCUUGCAUGUGCUGUUUGGCUUACGAGGACUUUUUAAAGGUGCUUCUUCUGUAUGUAUAACCUUCACAUUUGAGUCUUGGAGCUAAGCGUCCGAAUCAUCAUUCGAAACUGAUUCUGUCCUCUGCACACAUAAAAAACAGGUUUUUACCUUGUUUCUCAAGAGCAAAAUAUUAAAGCAUUAUUUCAUUAAAUAUAAAUCUGGCAAAGAACCAUCAGUAGUUAACAGGAUAACUAAUAAAAGGUUUAAGUUUGGUUCAUUGACAAUAUGAGCAAGAGCAUAUGUCAUUUCGGACUGUUUUGGAUUAGGGGAGAGGCACAGUUUGGGAAAUGAGUUUUGUAUUUAUCAUGUGGUGAAUGGAAUAUUUUUUUUAUCCAGACGCUUAAGAGAGUCUUUGAGGACUCUAGAAAUACCUUCAGAACAGCAGCAAGUGUUACUAAAUGACCCGUUUUUGUUUUGUUUCAAACGGUCGUAUAUUUAUUUUUUGUCAGUCGUGACUCGUGUAACGGUAAUACAUGAGAAGCACCAGCUUCACUGACACGUUUACAAUCACUAUCACAAUAUCACAUAGUGACACGGGUCAACUCAACCCACCACCGAAGUGAAAUGAAACAAUUACCCAUGAUCAGUAUCGGCGUACAUGAUCUGUAGGUUUUGGUGAUUCCUCUCCAGAAAUUAACCAUUUCUUUUUCUAAACUAAAAUGUUUACCUUUGGGUAACCGUGAGCUGUUUGUCACUGGUGUCAUGUUUGUUGAAAUUGUCAUCGUGUCGUAAACUUUUCUGUCAAUUGACUUAUUUUCCUGGGAAAAAAAUAAACCCGCUUAGUGUUAAGUCAGGAAUAGGUAGUGAUCAAAACAAAAUAAACUAUUUUAUGUAUUGUGAUACUUAAGUCUUUAAGCCUAACACAUGACCAAAGAACACUGUGUUUUACCGGCUCUAUGGUGUCUAUGGAAAGCUAACAUGGCAGAAAAAGGGAUUUAGAACUGCAGGGUGUUUGACAAAACAUGUGGGGAUUACUCGGCCACAAUAUACCAGUAUUAUGUAAUUAUUCCUAUCCGUUAGGAGACAGGUCCAUCUCCAGUUUCUUUAUGGAGUCGGAACGAAAGAAUAUGAACUGCACAUAUCAGGGUAGGUCAUUAAUAUUCAUCACUGUCGGUUCGUUCACUUGUCAGCAGGAAAACGAGCCCAACAAGUGAUGAACAGAAGCUCAUCCAAACUUUUUAUCUGCAUUCUUAAAACCACAAAGUGUUUUUGUUGAACAUUCAUAAGUAAUUAUGGUUCAUCUUUAAUUUGUGCAAAAGAGAUCACUUUUUGUAUUAACCACUGCCAACACAUUUGCCAACUUUUUUUUCCUUAUAUUUGAAAGUUAUUAACAAUAAAUGUAUCCAAAAAAAAAAA